UCAUCAUCACCAGUUUCCUUCGCAGUUACGUCUCUAGCUAAGACACUGAAACAAAUACAACUCAUAUUAUGAACCCUAACUAGUUCCACAUAUUCUUAAUAUAUCCACCACACCACUAUUAACAUUAUUCUUCAUCACAGUCAAGAUGAGCAAGAGUACUGCUACUACCACACCGUGCUGCAGCAAAGUUGGGAUCAAGAAAGGACCAUGGAGCGCCGAGGAAGACGAGAUCCUCUCCAAAUUUGUCCAGAAGGAAGGGGAGGGGCGGUGGCGUACGCUCCCCAAGAGGGCCGGGCUGCAGCGCUGCGGCAAGAGCUGCCGCCUCCGCUGGAUGAACUACCUCCGUCCCUCCGUCAAGCGAGGCCAGAUCGCUCCUGACGAGGAGGAUCUCAUCCUCCGCCUUCACCGUCUCUUGGGCAACAGGUGGGCUUUGAUAGCUGGCAGAUUACCUGGCAGGACUGAUAACGAGAUCAAGAAUUACUGGAAUACCCAUCUAAGCAAGAAGCUCAUAAAGCGAGGCAUAGAUCCAAGAACCCAUAAGCCAUUAAUCACCACCAAUUAUUCUACUACUCCUGUUACUACUUCAAAUGGAGGUGUUUUUCAUCAUCAUCAUCAACAUUCAAAUGUAAUAACCUCUUCAAUCAUAAUGCCGCUGCAGCACCAACCUACGAUGACUGUGAAUCCUGCGUCAGAAAUUGGUAAUGUCAACAACAGCAAAUUUGAUUAUGCUCCAAUAAUUAGUGCUGGUGGGAACAUUAUGGAAGAGAAUAAUAAUAAUAAUAAUAAUGUUGUUGUUGAUUAUCAUCAUCAUGGCGGAAAUAAUGGGAAUAAUAAUAAUGAUGUUGAGGAGGAAGAUACAUUGUUGGUUUUUCUGAAUUCUUUAUUUGAUGGUGGUAACAAUGAAGUGAUGAAUAAUAACAAUAACAAUAAUAAUAAUAAUGAUAAUAGUGGAACAGACGAACUAGCGGUGUUUCAGCAUCAUCAUGAUGAUGAGGGUGAUGUUACAAUGUUCCCUCCACCGCUUUCAACAUCUUUUCGUCUUGAAGAUUGGGAAGCAGAAUUUAGCAAUGCACUUUUAAAUCAACAAGAUGGUUCAUCAUCAUCAUCACCUCCUAAUAAGUAACGCUAGCUGGCGCACCUGCAUGUAAGGGAUAUAUCUCUAUAUAUAUUUAUAUGCUUGUAUGUGUUGUACAAUUAUUAUUCUUAUCAUAUAUAUAUAUAUGUUAUUCGGUAUGAUAUAUUGAUGGAGUGAUGUAUAUCUAUGGUUAGUUGUAGUGAAGCAUUGCAUUUGUGCAUGUGUGAUUGAAUUUAUGUAUUGCUUAAUCAACCAUUAUUGCACCUUAGCUUAUUGUAUAUUUUCAUUUCAAUGAAAAGGAAAAUCAUCAGUGGGCUAUUACUUCAACUGUUAUUGAAUUUACAAUAUAUAGAUUUCACAUGUCUAAUAUUGUUGAUUUAUUAGAGCUUCUAAGCUAUAACUUUUCCUUCUAUGUUUGUUCUUUCAGUUUCUUGAUGUACAUUUAAUAGAUUUUCUAUGAUAUAUAUAAUUACAUAGCUUCUCUUUUGUUUUUUCUUGGAUUUUAUUAAGCCAUAAUAAAUAACAUAAAAAUAUUGAAUAAUGUUAGAAAAUCAAUACUAUAUUAGUCAAUUUUAACUAAUACAUAACAUGUUAAA